AUGAAGAUCCUCGCGCCGCGGUGUGGCUGCACCAUCUGCUCUCGCUCCUCGUCGUCGUCCGACUCGCCCCACUUGGUCGUCUACCCGCCCUCGACAGCCCCGAUCAAGCACGCCAAACCCACCACGCACCAACAGGAGCACUCUCGACCACCGCAAGCUCACCUUCAACCCGUCCCGUCCACCUCCGCCCUCCCCUUCACUCCGCCAACCUCGGUCCGCCUCCCGAACGAGCUCAUCCGCCGCAUCCUCGUCCUCGCCCGCCCGCCGACCACGGCCAAGCCCGCCGUGUGGAACGCCUGGACCCGUAUCCCGCUCGUCCACUCGCGCUGGCAGCCCGUCGCCCGCGAGGCCAACGCCGAGGUCGUCGUCGUCCGCUCGACCCGCCAGCUCGUGCGCCUCAUCCGCGCCCUCGACAACGCCUGGCUCGGCGGCAACGUCGUCGAGCUCGUGUUCGACAUCAAGGAGACGCGCAGCGGCGCCGCACCAGCGCCCCUCGCUCCCGACGACGACGCGAGCUCGACUAGUGCGGUCCUCGCGACGGGCGAGGGCGCGCCGCCGACCAGCAUCAUCGUCUCGUCGACCACGUGCUCCCUCCUCGUCGACCUCUUUAAGCGGUGCGGCGCGACCGUCACGACGGUGCGCUGGCGCGGCUUCGGCGACCCGGACGUCGCGCGCCUCUCGCCCGUGUUCCGCAACCACCUCGCCAACCUCGCCGUCUUCGAGUACUCGCCGUGCGACUCGUCUCACCCGCCGACGGCCGACAACGUCCUCGGUCGCCGCCUCGCAUCGCUCAAGGAGCUCGUCCUGCGCCCGUCGGCGCGCGUGUUCGCGCCGCUGGUCUAUACGCCGAGCGUCUUUCUCAACACGCUCCUCGUCCUCGCGCAGGGCCUCGUCGACCUCCUGAAGGUCGACGACACGAGCGUGAGGGCAGGGGCCACGCUCGAGAGCGUCGCGCGCGCCGCCGACACCGGCGUCACCGAGGGCCUCGCGACGCUCACGGUCCACUCGCUCCUCGUCCAACCCCGCGCCCUCUUCGGCCUCGUCGUCCCCUCCUUCUUGACCUUGCGCCACCUCGCCCUCUCGUCGAUCGUCAUCGACGGCUCGCCCCGCACGUUCAUCGCGGCCCUCAUCAUCGUCGCCGGCACGCUCGAGUCGUUCGAGUGGACCGACGCGCCGAUCAUCGGGCGCGCAGGCGGGCUCGAGCCCAGCCUCUCGCACGAGGAGUACUGGGACAUCAUCGGCCGGCUCAAGAACGUUCGCCAGCUCAGCCUCUCCGGCACCCAGGUCUUUGCCUCGUCGCCGCACAAGGCGCGCUUCACCCUCCCGCCAAAGCUCGAGCAGCUCACGAUCGGGUCGUGCGACGACGAGGUCGACGUCGCCGGGAUCGAGUGGUGGCUCGAGCGCGUCGACGAGCUGUGCACCGUCAGGGACCCGCCGCAGGAGGACGCAGAGGAGUACACGGCGGCAGAAGAAGAGGAGGACGAGGACGAGCCCGACGCAGAGGGCGACGGCGAGCUCGACUCGGCGGGCUUUCUCGGCGAGGAGGACGAGCUGCCGCCGGUUGACGAGCUGGGCGAGCCGACCGACGGCGCGUGUACGCCCUCUGCCGGCUCACCCUCCUCGCCGCCGUCGGGCGAUGACGUCGGCGCAGCAGGCGAGCCGGCACCCGCCGACGACGACCUCGACCUCGACUCGGCCAACGCCGCUCCCCUCGCGCACCUCACGCCGGCCUCGAGCCCUGCCUCGUCGCCUUCGCCGGCUCCUUCGCCAGCACUGCCGUCGGGCCCGCCCUCGUCGCCACCUCGGCCGCCUCGUUCGCACGACCUCGCCGCCGCCGACGACCCUCCCGCCGGCCGUUCCACCUCCAAGCGCGCCGCCCGCCGCCGCCGCCGCCUCUCGUGGGCGCACCCUCCCCUCCCUCCCUCCGGCAUCGCCCCUCAGCUCUCGCACCUCACCCUCUGCACCGCCCCCUCGCCUCUGCGCGACAACCCGGCGCUCGGCGACAGGGUCGACGCGCUCGUGCGCGACCGAGGCGUCGCCGUCGAGUGGCAUUACCUCAUCGUCGUCGUCCUCGAGGCGCUCGAGCUCACGAGGGAGCUCAGGAGGGACAUGAGCGAGGUCGACGACGAGUGGGCCUGA